UGAGUGCGGCGGUGUGUGCGGUUCUGCUGCUGCACGCUGUUACAGGUGAGAUCAGCCUCCAGCAGGGGGAGCCACUGCGCUGUCGUCUGGGCAUGGUUCCAUGUAAGGACGGUUCGGACUGUGUGCUGUUUAACCAUGUGUGUGACGGGGAGAUAGACUGCGCUGACGGUUCUGAUGAAGAGGACUGCGCCACAGAGUGCAGGAAAGGUCAGUUCCAGUGUGCACACGGUAAGAUGUGUAUUGAACAGAGUCAGGUGUGUGACGAUGUGGCUCAGUGCCAGGACCGGUCAGAUGAAUUGGACUGCUUUAAGCCGGAGGAGGGCUGCGGACACAGAUGCGGUAAACUCUGCCUGUCUGACGUUUUUGUCUGCGAUGGACAGGCGGACUGCGAGGACGGCAGCGACGAGGCCGACUGCGAUGAUGAACCCGAUGAAGCUGAAGAGAUGGAAGUUCUUGGUGCUGUUAGGACUGACCCCCCUGCUGUCCAGCCUCCCCUGCGCUGCCUGUUGGGCUCCUGGGCAUGCAGAGACGGGAGCGAAUGCAUUCAAAACACCCACGUAUGUGAUGGAGAGAAGGACUGCAGGGACGGCUCAGACGAACAGGAGUGCACUCAGGAGUGUGAAACAGGUCAGUUCCAGUGUGCACACGAUAAGACGUGUAUUGAGCAGAGUCAGGUGUGUGACACCGUGGCUCAGUGCCAGGACCAGUCCGAUGAAAUGGGCUGCUUUAAGCUGGAGGAGGGCUGCAGACACCAGUGCGGUAAACUCUGCCUGCCGGGGUUCUUCGUCUGUGAUGGAUAUCUGGACUGUGAGGACGGCAGCGACGAGGCCGACUGUGGAGGAGGGACCUGCAGCAAUACAGAGUUCCAGUGUGCUAGUGGUCAGUGUGUACCAAUUCGUGGGCGCUGUGAUGGCAACCCGGACUGCAGGGAUCACUCGGAUGAGAAAAACUGCACUAACUGGACUGAGUGCCAUGAAGCAAGCUGUGUGGAGUCUCCGGUGCAGUGUGGGCAGUUUCAGUGGCCGUGUGUGUCUAAGACGCAGUGCGUUCCUCAGAGCUGGCGCUGCGACGGCACCAAAGACUGCGCAGACGGGAGCGAUGAGGCUGCCUUCACAGCAAUGUCACAGGAGUCUCUAGAGUGGUGCUUACCAACACUGCUCCUGGAGAUCUACCUUCCAGCAGGCUUUAGCUCUAACUGGGUGUUUUGUAAUUUAGGUUAUGCUGUUUUUUCUCCCGUCAGCUUUAUCUGUCUCUCUGUGUGUUCAGGUGACGUGUCUUGCCCUCCUCAUCAGUUCCAGUGCAGAAGCUCAGAGUGUUUGGACCCCUCUCUCCUCUGUAAUGGAGAAACAGACUGUAUAGAUGGGUCAGAUGAGGGCGGGACCUGUUCCACUGAUACAUGCACUGACCAAUCUCGGUGUGCACAUGACUGCUACAGCACACCCACAGGAACAAGUUGCUGGUGCAGGGUGGGCUACAGGCCUGUAGGUGGCGCUGUGGAGUGUGUGGACGUGGACGAGUGUGUGGAGACUCCAGCAGUGUGCGCUCACUCCUGUAUAAACUCUGUUGGGUCGUUCCAGUGCUCCUGUAACCAUGGUUACCUUUUGGGUCCUGAUGGACAUACCUGCACAGUUGCAGGUGAGUCAUACCUGCUGGCCUCUGUCCAGUCUGAGCUGCUUCUGCUGGACCUGCAGACCUCCAGCUUGGAUGUGCUGUUCUCCUCAGAGACGCUGCCUGCUCUGUCUCUGGACUACGACCUGCAGAAACAGAGAGUGUACUGGGCAGAUGCAGAGGCUGUGAAGUGGAUCACGCUGGACAAGAAGAGCAGAGGAACUCUAGUGGGAGGUGUGAGGGCAGGCAGCGUGGCGGUGGACUGGGUGGGUCGGAGCCUGUACUGGACGGACAGAGUGGACGGUCAGAUAAACGCUGUGGGGCUGGAGGGCUCGGAGCCUGUGGUUAUAAUGGAGAAGGACGUGGAGGAGCUGCAGGCGCUGGCCCUGCUGCCUCAGAAAGGGCUGAUGUUCUGGUCAGAAACUGGGGAUGAAGCUCAGAUAGGAAGAGCAGGGAUGGACGGAUCAGACAGACGAGUGCUGGUGCAGGACUCUGUACGCUGGCCUGUGGGUUUGGCUGUCGAUUCUCUGAAGGAGCGCCUGUACUGGACGGAUGAGCAACUGCACUGCAUUGGAUCAGCCACACUGGACGGAGAUGACGUCAAGUUACUGCAGCUGAUGGAAACCCCCAGUCCGUUCUCCUUGUCCGUGUUCGGUGAUGUGGUCUUCUGGUCAGACAUUCAUAAAGGAACCAUCCAGAGAGCCCACAAAGUCACAGGCAAACAGCCACAGGUCUUGCUCGACCGCCCCGGACGGCCUCUCGACCUCAAGGAAAGUACAGCUUUCACCUUAUUCAUCAAAACGGCACCCGGUCUGAAAGGUGUGUGUAAGUGUCCAUCUGAACUCGAGCUGGAUGAGGACAGACUCAGAUGCUACGAACCCAAAGACCACACCUUCCUCUUGCUCCUGUCCCCGACUGCAGUAACACAGGUGAACCUGCAGAGCCGUGAUACAGGUGUGGGUCUGCAGGACUGGCCGGAGCACCGGAGGAUCGACCUGCCCGGUGUGCAGGAGCUGAAGAAGCUGGACCUGGUCAUUCAGGACAAGGCUCUGUACGUGUGGGAUGCAGGCCAAACGGCUGUGGGAGCUUUCAGGGUGAAGGACUCGGGGGCGUCGCGGCGUGGAUCACUGUUCAGCCUGCUGAACGAUAUGCUGGCCGCAAUGGCCGUGGACUGGGUCACUCUGAACCUGUACUGGAGCAGCAGCAGUCAGUCUGGCCUCUGGGUCACCUCAGCUAAGGGCACUCAGACUGCGCUCAUCCUGCAGGACGAGGUCAGGAACGUGAGCUCCAUCACCCUGCAGCCUGUGGCUGGCCGGAUGUGCUUCACUAACAGUGUCCAGCUCAGCAGGGUCCAGCUGGAGUGCUCUUAUAUGGAUGGACAGAAGCGGAACGUGGUGUGGGUGGACGCUGUUCAGCCGGUCUCACUGAGUCUGUCUAAUGAAGAGAACCGGCUGUACUGGGCCGAUACCAGUCUCGGAGUCGUCGCCUCGGUUGGGCUUGAUGGCACUGAUUAUAAGGAGAUAAGAACAGAGGAGGGCUUGGUGACCUUUACUUUGGCCAACAAAGUCCUUGUCUGGGUCACUAAAGAGAGGUUAGUGAGACUUUAUUCCAUGAAAUGCUGGUUCAGUGAUGACCAGCAGAGGGCGACACUGUGGUUUGAAGUGAAAGCUGAAGUUGUAGAUGUGAAAGCCUUCAGUAAAGCCGGUCAGACAGGCAGUAACUCCUGCUCUAUCAGUAAUGGAGGCUGUGCUCAGCUGUGUCUGCCGUAUCCCGGAGGCCGGACGUGUCUCUGCGGCAGCGCUUUUCUCUCUGCUAAUGAAACGGGCUGUGUGCCGGACCCCCGCUGCCCCUCAGGAACGCAGCCGUGCGUGAGUGGGGAAGAGUGCGUGUCCCAGGAGAGAUUCUGCGACGGCCGGCCGGACUGCGCCGACCGAUCGGACGAGAUCUGCGUCCAGGGCAAAGCUACAGCUAUUGAUGACCGCGUUCGUCCAGGCUCUGAAUCCCCGCCGGCUGGACCGAGGUCCUUCAACACCUCUGUUUUGGUGAAGAAGCCGGGUUCUGACGUCAACCUUUCUCACAGUCCGAUAUUCCCUCCUCCUGCGACUCCGCGGAGUCGGGAUAACGUUUUGGUGAAAAGCCAGGACCCUGAUACUCGUCCCGGUUCUAUAGCCCCCUCCCCCACCGCACUGGGCUCGGACAGUGGCGUUAAAGUAGACAGCGUGGACGCGGAGGCGUGCGGUGUGAGACUCUGUAACGGUAACGGUGAGUGUGUGUUGCAGGACGGAGCGACCGUGUGCCAGUGCGCGGCUGGGUACAGCGGGCCGCACUGCGAGGAGCCGCUGGGCGGCAUUGUCCAGGGGCCGGUCAUUUACGCAGCUGGAGGGCUGUGUGUGGCUGUGAUCGUGCUGGGAGUGACCAUUGGAAUCAUGCAGAAGAGAAAAGCUGCACAUCAGAGGCAGGCAGGAGCGAGAGAGACCAGAAUGCAAGACCUGGAGAAGAGAGGAGAGCCCACACCCGCACCACCAAACGGCAAAGAGUCCGAACACACUGAGAACACUUGA